AUGCCGUCGCCGCCACCAAUGCGUCGCACCAUCGCCAUCACCAUCAAUGGGAGGGAAACUCAGGGACGAGGGAAACUCAGGGACGAGGGAAACUCAGGGACGAGGGAAACUCAGGGACGAGGGAAACUCAGGGACGAGGGAAACUCAGGGACGAGGGAAACUCAGGGACGAGGGAAACUCAGGGACGAGGGAAACUCAGGGACGAGGGAAACUCAGGGACGAGGGAAACUCAGGGACGAGGGAAACUCAGGGACGAGGGAAACUCAGGGACGAGGGAAACUCAGGGACGAGGGAAACUCAGGGACGAGGGAAACUCAGGGACGAGGGAAACUCAGGGACGAGGGAAACUCAGGGACGAGGGAAACUCAGGGACGAGGGAAACUCAGGGACGAGGGAAACUCAGGGACGAGGGAAACUCAGGGACGAGGGAAACUCAGGGACGAGGGAAACUCAGGGACGAGGGAAACUCAGGGACGAGGGAAACUCAGGGACGAGGGAAACUCAGGGACGAGGGAAACUCAGGGACGAGGGAAACUCAGGGACGAGGGAAACUCAGGGACGAGGGAAACUCAGGGACGAGGGAAACUCAGGGACGAGGGAAACUCAGGGACGAGGGAAACUCAGGGACGAGGGAAACUCAGGGACGAGGGAAACUCAGGGACGAGGGAAACUCAGGGACGAGGGAAACUCAGGGACGAGGGAAACUCAGGGACGAGGGAAACUCAGGGACGAGGGAAACUCAGGGACGAGGGAAACUCAGGGACGAGGGAAACUCAGGGACGAGGGAAACUCAGGGACGAGGGAAACUCAGGGACGAGGGAAACUCAGGGACGAGGGAAACUCAGGGACGAGGGAAACUCAGGGACGAGGGAAACUCAGGGACGAGGGAAACUCAGGGACGAGGGAAACUCAGGGACGAGGGAAACUCAGGGACGAGGGAAACUCAGGGACGAGGGAAACUCAGGGACGAGGGAAACUCAGGGACGAGGGAAACUCAGGGACGAGGGAAACUCAGGGACGAGGGAAACUCAGGGACGAGGGAAACUCAGGGACGAGGGAAACUCAGGGACGAGGGAAACUCAGGGACGAGGGAAACUCAGGGACGAGGGAAACUCAGGGACGAGGGAAACUCAGGGACGAGGGAAACUCAGGGACGAGGGAAACUCAGGGACGAGGGAAACUCAGGGACGAGGGAAACUCAGGGACGAGGGAAACUCAGGGACGAGGGAAACUCAGGGACGAGGGAAACUCAGGGACGAGGGAAACUAA